UUUCACAUCAAACUAGAUAUAAGUUAAGAAUAAAAUCUCCGACAGUCUCUCGAAUUUAACAUUUAGUUAAAGGUACGUUAAGUUUGUGUAAAAUUAGAAAGGCAGAGUUUUUCUCUUCCUCUAUAAGAUGAAGAUACCGGUCAUUAUGUUUUUGGGUUUACAUGUAGUUGCAGCAAGCAGAUAUGGCCAAAGCUCAUGCAGUUGUAAAUCAGCGAAUUUGAAUAUCAUUAACGGGACCGUGGCAGCCGAGGAUUCCCACCCGUGGGCAGUAGCUCUCAUGUCCAGGGGCUGGGGCGUGGAUUAUUACCUGUUUUGCGGCGGGAGCAUCAUCACACCCAGGCAUGUCUUGACUGCAGCUCACUGCCUCAAUCGGAAUCGGGCCUACAACGUCUGGAUCGCUGCUGGGCAACAAAAGAUAAGUCAAAUAAAGAAAGAAAAUUUGAUUCCAUCAAAACACUUAUUCGUUCAUGAACAUUAUAAUCCAACGUAUGUGCUUAAUGACAUCGGUCUGGUGUUGACACAAAGAAAAAUACAAUUUACGCCAACAGUUAGACCAAUCUGCCUUCCAAAUACCAAGUUGGAACUUGCGGAUCUUGGUGCAAAGGUAACUGUGGUGGGUUGGGGUAUGACGUCUAUUAGCGAUCCCUCAACCUCGGACGAACUUCGUCAGGUGGAGCUCGAUGUUCUACCUUUGGAGGAGUGUGUUAGAUCAUAUCCGAACUUGUUCUUUGAGAAUCAGUUGUGCACGUACAUGGAAGGGAAGAGUCCGUUUAGAGGAGAUUCUGGAAGUCCAGUAAUCUGGAAGAGGUCCGAAAAUAGAACGCACGUAAUACAGGUUGGCCUAGUGUCAUUGGCUGACAGGAAAGCCCGUCGACCCUCUGUGCAGACUGAUGUCACCGCUUUCAUAGACUGGAUAGAAGACAUGGUCGAGGAAACCACACCAAACUACAGGAUUUGCACUGGAAAAUGAUGUAUAAAAGAAUUAUAAUUUGCUUAAUAUUUUAAUUAUAAAUGUGAUACCUAAUAAACGUAUUU